ACGUCACGGAGUCGACGACCCUCUCCGACGAGCGGAGAGUAUACAUAGUACGUCACGCCUUCGGGAAAUAAAUAUUAUCGUUGCGUAUCGGUGGAAGCCCCGCCGCGCGAUGUGCAGUGCGUAGCUUUUUCGGCCUCGCUAUCGAUAAGAUCGCGACCUACCGGAGUGCGGACGGACCUUCCUUUGGAAUUAUUCGAUGCAGUGAUUGAGUUUUGACACACGUGAUGUUUGACAAAAUAUUCGUUUAGCAGUAACCGGUUGCUUGGAAAAUCUGCGUCUCAUCCAUUCGAUUGCCACUCAAGGAGCAAUGGAUCGUUCAGAUUGGUUCAAGCUUACAUUUAUCGUCAUCGUUGUUACAGGUGUUGAAUGUUUAAAAAAUGUCAAGCUCGAAGUCAGUCCUCAGGCGGUGGAACAAGGCCACGAAGCCACCCUGAGAUGUCACUACGAACUCGAAGAGGCGCCCCUUUACUCGCUCAAAUAUUAUCGAGGCUCCUACGAGUUCUACAGGUAUUCGCCCAACGAGAGGCCUCAGACGAAAAUUUUCAAUUUUACUUGGAUCGAAGUUGACUCAAACAAAUCCGACGAAAGGCAGGUGACGAUUAAAAAUGUAGAUUUUCUACUAUCUGGGAAUUUCAGCUGCGAGGUGACAACUGACGCUCCGACGUUUUCGACAGCGACCAGCACCAAAAUCCUCACUGUUGUUUCAAUUCCCAAGGGAAAACCAGUGAUACUUUCGGAACGAAGACGUUAUAAGCCCGGAGAUACAUUGCGAGCCAAUUGUAGUAUGCCUUCAUCUAAGCCUCAAGCUCAAAUAUUUUUUACACUCAACGAUGAUGUGAUCAACGAUGCUUACGUCAGACCUCUGACUUUUGAUACGAAGCGAGAAAAAUCGAGGAAAAAGCACAGCAGCAGCGUCACCUCAUCCAGUAGUAGAUCCUCAACGAUCGACGAGCCUCAUCAGCAACAACUGCAACCGAGGCAAACUUCUGAUCGUCAAGGUAUUCAGUUAAUCAUGCAGCUACAAACGUUUCACUACGUUAGUGGCCAGUUGAAUUUGCGAUGCGUAGUCAGGAUCGCUGACGUCUACGAGCAGUGGAGUGAACUUCAGCUGGGGAGCAACUUGCGAGAACCGAUACCCGAACGUGUGAGGUCUGAGAACGCAUGUAAUCAAUGCCAUACAAUAACCAACUCCAUCAUUUUUGGACUUAUGCUACUCAUUUUGUAUACGAGAUAGUCGAGCUUCCUUGGAUCUCGUUGAAAUCUUCUGUAAAAAGGGAUACUAAUUUCCAUCAUUUUCCUUUUAGUCCUUGGGUAAAAUAUUGCGACUAAUACAGAAUAUUCUUACAUAAACAGCAGUUUUGUUGAUGUUUCGUUUGCCAAAAAUAGGGUCGUGUCUCUAUGUGUCUAAGCUAUUAAUACGAUAUACAUGGUACCUACGUAUGCAAAUGUAACAUAUAAGUGAGCAUAUUCAAUUGUAUCGAAAGUGUGUAAAUAAUAGUUAAGUGCAUAGGAUUAACGUUAAGUUUUAUACAUAUAGAUUACAUACAUUGUUAAAUAAAUGAAUAAAGUUUUUUUGUUAUAAAAAAGCAAUCUAUUGUAACUAAAAAAAGUCUUGGGCUGAAGCGGCAGUUACUAAGAAAGUAUACAAUUUUAUUGCUGAAUUUUAUUAUAAAAUACCAUUCGUAAAAUCAGCUAUCACAUCCAAAUUCAUUUGAAAAUGAUAAAAAAUGUAUUCUUUUUUUCCACAAUUUUGUCAUUUUUUUGCAGUAGGCACUGUUUAGUUACCAAUCUCUGAAAAUUUAUUUUCAA